AUGGAUAACUCGAUCUCUGACAGUAGUCUUUUUAUUAUGCAGUUUCAUGACAAAACUGUUGUCUCAAAUUCACUCAGACCUUCAAGCGUCGUGGUUGCGAGCAUAUACUGGCCAACAACCAUGCUCCUGUUUCGUCUCAAGGUAACCAAAUUACUAUUAGUUGCUAACAAGGCCUCCAUUAUGAAGCUAGUAACUUAUCUUAUUAGCCUUAAGGUUGGAAACUUGGUAUUUACGUUUGUCAGAAGAGGCUCCCAGGCACUGAAGGCAAAGCGGCUCCAGCUCACUCAUCCGAAACGUCAGAAACUCAUGACCUAUGCGAUAAAAGGUAUUGCUCCUGACAAAUAG